CACCCACCACUAUUCAGUUAUCCUUUCUCUCUCUCUCUCUCUCUCUCUCUCUUCUUCUCACCCUGCCUUCUCGACUACUCCCUCUUCCUACUUCUUUCCCCUUCGUAAUUCCCUUCCUCUCUCUCUCUCUUCCUCUCCACAUCCCUCCUCGUCCGCCAGAGAUCUCCUCCCCGACUUGACACCUGUCAACGAGUAUUCGUUUAUUCUGCCAAUACCCAGACAUGGCCGCGAGACGACCCCCAGCCAGCGGGACUAUGACCCAAAAUCGCCAGAACGAGUACUUCGUCCCGAGGGACGGCAUCGAUCGUGAAGUUAUCACAGCUGAUAUCUGUCGCUACCUCGGAAACGAUGCGCUCGUUCGGCCGGGAACCUACGAGAACCCGCAGACCGGUCAAGUCAUACAGGGUUACUACAUCAAUGCCUACCGCAACCUAACAACAGCAAUGAUCGAAGAUUUGAAGGCGGAUUCCGCGCGAUGGGAUCAGGAAAGGCGUCAGCAGUCGGCGAGCCGGAAUAACGCCGCCGGAGGUACCAUUGCCUCGAGAGACUCUAGAGACGUUCAUGUCAGGCUCUCUAACUCCCCUAUAGUCCAAUACCGCAAUUCGGACACGCACCAAUCCCGCCAGUACUACGGACCUACCGAGAGUGGAUUCCAAUCGUCAGGAGACCCCAACCGGGAUCCGUAUGGUGAUGUUACGCCGCGAUAUCCGGGGACCGGUUCUGGUGGAUAUACGGGAGCCGCUGGCUCUUUCGUCCCGCAGCAGUAUCCGCAAGGUGGAUACAGCACCCAGCAAGGCUAUACCACCCAGUCGCAGUUCCAACCGCCGUCGGCCGGUGUGACGUACCCGUCUAUGCCCGGUUCCGGAUUUGGCCAGGCCGGCCAGGAGCCCCCUUUCCAGUUGGUCGGGGCCGACUCGAGAGUGGCGUCGGCGCCGCAGCCCAUCUAUAACGAUCCCUACCAGGGCUCGAGGGACCCGAGAGACCACAGGGCCCCCAUUACCACCAUGCCAGCUAGUAGAUCUACUUAUGCCGUCGCAGGAGCGCCAGCGCCUCAAGGUUACCCGCCAACAUCGUCGAGCGGCAACUACUACCCGCCCAAUCCUUCGACCGCGGCUCCUACCUACGCCCCGACGGCAGUCCAGCCCGGAGAUCCUCUCUAUGGUCGCGCAGGCACAGGCGCGUACAAUUCCGCACCAGAUCCACAGUAUGAGAAUGCCCCUGCCCCCCCUCGCCGUUCGACGGCAUCCACGGGUAAUCAACUACCAAGUAGUGGAACGACGUCUCGUGAUAAGGACAGCGUUGACCGUCAAUCCGACUCCAGGCACCCCUCCCAGCGUACCCAUCGCCCAGGCCGAUAAAUUGACCAAGCGGAGUGCGCGCGCGGCAUACUUGCCUCGUGCUUGUGAUUCUUGAUGAUUCUUUUUUCGUGCCAGAGAUUCCCGGGAUUUGGAUCCACAACACCGCAGCUUGUUCUUCCAGGAUAUUGCCAUCAGGGACAGGACCGGCUCGUGAGAUUUUA